UCUUGCCCUCCCUUCUUCCCGUGGACGUAGAUUUACUUCAGUAAAUCGAACCACGUAAAUCCUUUGUGUCUGCAUUUUCAUUCUCUACCAGCAUUUGCUAACAUCAAAAAUUCGCGGACUCAUCACUUGACGAAUAGGAUCGGGGAUGGGUUUAAGCUGCUGCAGGUGAUGAAGAAUCACGGUGUCGAUGUUAAUGUAGUUGUGUACAACACUUUGAUUCAUGCCCUUUGCAAGAAUGGGAAGGUUGGCAGAGCUAGGAGCUUGAUGAAUGAGAUGGAGAGGCUCUGGUGAUGUUGGAGAAGUGUUUUGGCAACGGCUUUGUGCCCGAUGUCGUUGCCCUGACUAAGUUGAUGGAGAUUCUAUGCAAAGAGGGGCGGAUUUCAGAGGCGGUUGAGGUGAUGGAGAGGGUGGAGGCGAAGGGAGGGACUCACGACGUUGUUGUGUACAAUACUUUGGCGAAGGGUUUUGUGAAGGCGGGAAAUGUUAGAGGAGGGUGUGGAUUGAUUAGGCAAAUGGAGGUGAAGGGAUGUCUGCCCAAUACAGAGACCUACAAUGCUCUGAUUUUAGGUUUCUGUUUCGGCUCUUGAUUUGUUUCAUGAGAUGAAAAGGGCCGGCGUUCGUUGGGACUUUGUCACGUUUGAGACACUGACACACGGGUUCUGCUCAGCUGGGAAGACUCGUGAGGGAGUAGAGAUCUUCGAGCUUAUGCUUGAGGAUAGAGGCGGCUGUGGUGGAAGAAUCGCGUGUUGCAAUAGCAUCUCAUACUCUUUGUACAAGAACAACGACAUUGGUAAAGCACUUGAGUUUCUCGACUACAUGAAAAACUGGUUCCCUCAAGCUGUGGAUCGCACUCUUACGAUCCUGCACCUAUGCGAAGAGGGAAACACAGACGAAGGUAGGAAAAUUCUCGAUGAGAUGAGAGAGAGGGGCAGGGCUCCAAGUGCUAUAGUGUAUGCUAGUUUGAUUCAGGAACACUGCAAGAAAGGGUGCAUGAGGGAGGCAGUUGAGCUCGUGAACGAGAUGACAGGGCUCUGGUAUUUUCCCGUUGCAUCGACUUUUAAUGCCUUGAUCAGUGGGUUCUGCAAGCAGGGAAGAGCUGGGAUUGCAGUGAGGCUGAUGGAUGACUUGAAGACGAGAGGCUGCCUGCUCGAUUCGGAGAGCUAUGGAGUCGUGGUCGAGGCGUUGUGGGCUGAAGGGGACUUGCAACAUGUUUUUGUGAUGCUUAUGCAGAUGAUGGAAAGAGGCAUUGCUCCAAAUCAAGAUACAUGGAAUUUGUUGAUUAGGGUUGCUAUGGAAGGGAAAUCUGAGAAUAGAUUGUUGCAGACAGAAUAUAUGACUAAAUUAGAUUUAUUGAUUCAUUAAUUGAAUUAUGGAAGAUAAUGUUUUUAAGUAAAAUCGAAUAUUUAUCAAAUUUAAAGUUUCCUUAUUUUCAAAAUUUUAAUGAAAUAACGCAAAUUCACCUUGUAAAUAUCGGUUUGUAGAAAAGAGUUGGCGUUGAUCCGAUUUCGAAAUCUAUUUAUCCGAUUCGGAAACGUAGGUGAGAUUUCGCUCAACAAAGAUUGUUUUUGUUUUGUAUGUUUGUUUGAUUGCUUUGAAUUUCGAUUGUUGAUUGCUUUGAAUUUCAGGAUCAGUAAGGCAAAUGAGUAAGGCAGUGCUCGUUGGGCAACUCUUGCCGACGACACGGACGUGUUCUUGCUAACGAGCACCACUGCAUAUGCUCUAACAAUGAACUUAUGUACACCAUCAGUUU